UGUAAUGAUGCAGGGAAGGAAACUGGCCCAUUAUCAUUGUGUAAUACCAUACACCAAAGGUCAAAGGAGCCCAUAUCUUCAGGAUGCUGAUACCGGAGAUGAAUUGGCCUGGCCUUUCAUUAGUUAGGCUUAGUACUGCUGCAUAUCAGUUGUUCAGACAUCAAGAUGGCAACAUACACACGUGGUCAACUCAGCCCCUCUCUAAGAGAUAAAGAACUCGGACCAAUGGUCAUUGAAAUCAUAGAAAAAAAAAUUGAGUAUCUUAGAAAAGAAAAUGCUUUAAAUAUACGUGGGACACUGCUCGUUGGAACAGCAGCUGGUUUCUCUGGAAUAUUGGCAAACUUCCUUUUCAGACACUGCUUCAAGGUUAAACAUGAUGCUUUGAAGACAUAUGCAUCAUUGACUACACUUCCAUUUUUGUCUACCUUAGUUACGUAUAAGCUCCUUGUUACAGAUGCUUUGUAUUCAGGUAAUAUAAGCGUGGAAGAAUGUGCUCUGAGAAGUUCACUGGUUGGCAUAGUAUGCGGUGUUUUAUAUCCAACUGGUUUGGCUUUUUCUAAAAAUGGACGUCUGGCAGUAAAGUACCAUACUGUUCCACUGCCACCAAAAGGAAGGGUUUUACAUCACUGGUUGAUGCUUUGUCAAAGAGAUAUAAAGGGAAUGCUGAUUCCUCUAGCCUUUCAGAUAGUCUUUGGAAUAUACCAGGGUAUACAACAUUAUGCAGUAUUUCAGAGUACGUUAGAGGAAACUGUACAUGAAGAUUAACCAAGAAGUGAAUGGAUUUUUUUAUGGUGAGGACUCAGGUAUUGCUGAAAGAGUUCAAAGUAACUCUGGACAAUUUGUUUCUGUUCUUUUGCCUAGUGUAUAGCAGGUUCUGAAUAAAUAUUCAGAAACUCAA